AUGACUCCAGCGACACGCACUACAUGGAAAUGUUCCAAACACACAUUGGCCAACAGCAAUCGCCGCAAUGACAAUGACGCUGAACUUUAUGGAAAUUUUACUGCAAUCGAAUUCCUUAAGGAGUUAAAGCAUUACGAUACAAUUUUAAUAAUGCAAAAUCAUAAUGCAACAAUUUCCAACGUUUUCUAUAUACACCUAAAUAAAGUGUUGCAGGGAAAUUAUAAUAAUACCAACAUUACAUCUGCUAGUAACAGGCCAGGCCUGAGAGUUUUGAGUGAAAUGGUUGCAACACCAAUGUGCGCGACAUUUGCUAACUGCCUCAUGGCCAGUUUACAGGUGCCAGUUUUGCAAUUAAAUGAAUUGCAAAGUUUUUAUCUAAAACGUCACUAUUGCGAACAUCUUCUAUCAAUUGUUUAUAUUGAUAUUAAUAUCGAAGGCAUUCAAAUGACUUUAAAUGAUCAUAAAGGUUUGCUAGAGAAAUUAUCUAGAAACUUGUUACAUAUGACGACAUCUAAAGUCAUGUUUCUUUUGAAUUUUCCAUUGAAUAUAAGAAGAAGUGAUGAUGAUGACGGUCGUGGUGCGAUUGCUACUAAAGCAGCCAUAAUUGAUGAAGAUGUUAUUCAAGGUGUUGUACGGCGACUAUUCCAACAUUGUUGGCAGCAAAAGAUUAUAAAUGUUGUAGCACUAUUGGCAGACUAUCAGACAACGCGAAAAUUCUACAGUUACACUCAUUUCCCCGAAUUUCGUUUGGAGAUAAAAACUAUAGCGGCAAAUCCCAAUGAACAAGAAGCAGUCUAUCCAUAUCGUUUGAGAAACCUAAAAGGCUAUAAAUUACCCAUAGUUAUAGGCGGUUCUGAUCCACGUAUUAUACCUUACAAAACAUCUAAAGGCAAAGAAAUUAUAGGUGGAUUUGUGGGACAUUUUAUAGAGGCAUUUGCCAAAAAAUACAACUGUGUGUUGGUGCAACCAUUACCGUUUAGACCACACAAACCGAUACCAUCACAAGACCUCAUUAAAGCUGUACGUAAUGGCACAGUAGAGAUAUCGGCUGGUUUAACUUUUCCACAAAUACCUUUUAGAGGUUAUACAUAUGCCUAUGAACAAUUAAAUGGCUGCAUUAUGAUUCCAGUGGAAGCUAAUAUACCCGGUUAUAAGUUUUUUACCUCAGUUUUUAAAGGAGAAACUUAUCUCUUGGUUAUUGCAGUGAUUAUGAUUAUAUCUAUGUUGUUGAGUGCUGCUUUGUAUAUGCAUGGUUAUCGCAUAGAUUAUUUCAAUAUAUUGUGUCAUGGUGACUGUUUAAGGGGUAUAUUGGGACAAUCAUUCUCGGAAAUUAUGAAUCCACCUAAAAUAAUAAGAUUUAUUUAUUUGGAAAUUUGUGCUUUAGGAAUGUUGCUAACCACUUCAUAUAAUUCCUAUUUCUCUACUUAUGUCACUAGACCACCCAAAGAGGCUUUUCUCAAUUCGAUAGAUAGUAUUUUAUGGUCGGGCCUUAAGGUAGUUAUCUGGGAGCCCGAAUACAAAGAACUUUUAGGGCGCGCAGCAGAAUUUCAAAAAUACAUACCCCUUUUCUAUGUUGUAAAAAAUUAUCAGGAAUAUCUGGAGAAACGUGAUUCUCUCAAUAAUAAAUAUGGUUAUGUAGUACCUACCACAAAAUGGAUUAUUGUCCAACAGCAACAGAAAAUGUUUACCGCUCCCCUUUUUAGACAAUCAAAGAAUUUUUGUUUUUUCAAUAACAUACCCAUGUGUUUUCCGGUUCACGAAAAUUCUAUUUACAAUUCUUUAAUCUAUCAAUUGAUUUUGGAAACGGCUCAAUCAGGUUUGACAGUAUUUUGGAGUGAAUAUGGUUUUUUGGAAUUGAUUGAGGCCAAAAAAUUAAAUUUAAAAGAUUUAAGUGCUAAAGAGGAAUUUCGUGCCAUGACCAUAGAGGAUUUACAAUAUAUAUUCACAUUUUUGGGCGACUUCUCGAAAAUUCUACAGUUACACUCAUUUUCCUGA